UACUGGUUUUAAAUUAAUACAAUGCAUCAUUGAUCCUAACAACUAAAGCUUCUGAAAAUGGAGAAUCAAGAGGAAGAAUUAUCGCCAAGCAGUUCAAAAUUGCCAUCGAAUUUUCCUUACAUUCGAGCAUGGUUGGUAUCAGGAAUUUCACUUGUAUUAUAUACUGUAGCUGGAAUUACAAUAUCUCCCGUAAUAACUCAAUAUGUUGAGGCUAAACUAAGAGAAGAAGUGUUUGGUUCAUCAAAAUAUAAUGGGACAUUAAGAACCUGUGGUAAUAGUACACUCACUAAAAAUAACCAACUUGAGCAACGGAUACAAGAGGAGGUUUCAAGUUUAACGCUUUAUUUCGCAUUAGUUGGAAACUCCGCAGCCUUCUUCAUGAGCAUCUUUUUAGGACCACUUUCUGAUUCACUUGGAAGAAAAAUCAUAUUUUUGAUUCCAAUGUUUGGGCUAUUGGUGAAAUCGCUUAUCAUUACAUUUAUUGUUUACUUUAAGCUAAAUAUAUAUUACAUGUAUUUGGCAUAUGGACUUGAUGGUCUUUCUGGUAAAAACUUUGUCAUUUUAGUCGCAACUUUCGCUUACAGUGUAGAUGUAGCAAAGCCGGGAAGGUCGAGGACCAUAGCCAUAACUAUUAUGGAAAGUUGUAUGGCUUUAGCUGCAGGUCUAGGACAGCUUGGCACAGGAUAUUUGAUCAGAUCUACUGGAUUUUUCUAUACUUUGGUGAUGUUUGAUAUCAUAAGUGCUUUAGAAAUAGUGAUCAUUUUCUUUUUAUUGCCCGAGACCGUUACAAAUAAGCAAUGGAGAGACAAAUCCGUUCUAGGAAGCAUCAAGAAAGUGUUUGGAUUUUACUUUACAGAAGGAACUCUGCAUGAUAAACUAUGUUACUUAAUUGCUUUGGGAACCUUCUUUUUUGGUGUCGUUACAACUUUGGGGCGUACUACUCUGGAGACUAUUUAUCAGCUUGGUGAACCUUUUUGUUGGGAUUCAGUAAAAAUCGGGUAUUAUGGUGCAUUUAGAUUGACGGCACUAGUAUUAUUCAGCACUGCAGCAGUAAAAUUAUUACAGCCUUAUUUUCGAGAUGAAACCAUCGCGAUAAUUAGCACUAUUUCGGCAAUAGCCGGUCUAGUCUUUGAAGGUGUAAUUAAUACAAGCUGGUUGAUGUAUUUAGUACCCGUUCUUGGAGCCCUUGGAGGUGCAGCCAUACCGAUAUCUAGAGCAAUUAUGUCUGAGAUGACAUUACCAUCUCGGCAAGGCAAGUUAUUAUAUUCAAUUUAUCAACCGGAAGUCAUUUUUAAAUAUUAG